CACCCCGGAGCACAGCGCUCUCCUCCGGGCUGGAUACCGGGGACAGUGAGCUGGUCCUGCGUGUGGACUGGGAGCCGGCUCUUUCACUCUUUUGACUCUUCCAAACCGACGCACGUACGCACACACAGCCGCAAACGCACGCACACACGCACACACACACACGCGUCACGCCGCUCGCUCUUGCGCGUCUGACAGCGGCUCCAGCGUGAUCCAGCGCUUUGGCCAAGAAGAAAGUGCACGCCAGGACGCGAUCGGAACGGAACAAUGCGCACCGCUGUUGUUGUUUACGUUUUUCAUCGCGAUGUCACCACUUCUACGCCGCUCCGCCGCUGUCCGGACCGGAUGACGCGUGCUGGCAUCCAAAAAGUCGCAAACUGGAUAUUUUGCGUGUAGCCUGAACGCGAUUUCGAAGCGUGCGAGGCUGUCAGCGGAAUCCACAACACCAUGGAUAAGCAAAACGAAGCGAGGAGCGAUCUGACGCCAACUAAAGACGACAAGCGUAAAGAUAAGAAGGCGAAACCGGGCAAGCUUUUCCGUAAGAAGCCGCUCAAAUCCGUGGGGAGUUUUGUGAACCGGUUUUUUAAGAGUUUGGGCACUUUGGGACACUUUACCGACGCGCAAGACGUUGAAGACGACGAUGGGGGAUUUGGGAACGGCGCGAAAUGCACUCUCAACGCGAGUCUUGCCAAAACGGACGCGCAGGUGCCGUGGGGAGCGAGAAAUACGCCGAGUACGUCUUCGUCGAUUUGCACGGGACGGGAAAAGCUGUUGUUUCAGUUCGGGGAUAAGACUCCCGGGGUGCUGGGGCUGAAAAACCACGGGAACACUUGUUUCAUGAACGCGGUGGUGCAGUGUUUGAGUAACACGGAUCUGCUGGCGGAGUACUUGGGCUUGGAGCGGUACAAGUUGGAUCUGACCCGGGUUAACGGGAUGGGGAGCGCGGAGACGCCGGCGAAGAAGGGGGAGGUGACGGAGCAGCUGGCCGCGCUGGUCCGGGCGCUGUGGACGCUGGAGUACACGCCGCAGUUGUCCGUGGAUUUUAAGACGAUCGUGUCCAAGUACGGAGCCCAGUUCAGAGGAAACGCUCAACACGACGCUCUGGAGUUUCUGCUCUGGCUCCUGGACCGAGUUCACGAAGAUGUGACGCUGGCAUCGCACAACAACAACAACAUCACAGCUCCUCCUCAGAUAUGUGAUGGCGAGAAGGAGCUCCCCGACCACUGCUCCGUCCACAUGUCCAAAGUCCAGCACAGUUUUGUCCAGGAGCACUUCCAGGCCCAGUACAAAUCCUCCCUGACGUGUCCGCACUGUCUCAAGCAGAGUAAUACUUUUGACCCGUUCCUGUGUAUUUCUCUGCCCAUUCCGCUGUGCCAGACCAGGUCUCUCUGUGUGGUCCUGGUGUUCAGCUCCAAAGGACAGAGGUACCUGCGGGUGGCGCUGUCCCUGCCUCUGUUCGGCUCUGUGGGGUGUCUGAGGAGGAUGGUGGCGGAUGAGGGCAACUUGUCUCCAGACCAGGUGAUCCUGACUGAGGUUUACUCCAGCGGGUUCCAGCGUUCCUUCUUCGACGAGGAGGACCUGUCGAGCAUCGCGGAGAACGACGUCAUCUACGCCUUCCAGGCCCCGCCCCUUUACAUCAGGGGCGGGUCCACUCGAAUCUCAGGGUACCACCACAGCCUGCCGUCCUCCCCGUACUGCUCGGGCUCUGGGGGUCAAAGGUUAACGGCGUCGGGGGCACUGUCCACAGAGUUCCUCCCUCAGACCGUCCCACUGAAGAUCCUCCUGCUGGUGUGUAACGCUGCGGGGGCGGGGCAGCAGGUGGUCAGGUUUGGACCUCCGUUCCUGAUGAGGGAGGAUCGGUCUAUUUCCUGGGACCAGCUGCAGCAGAGCAUCCUCAGCAAGCUCUACUACCUGAUGGUGAACGGAGCCCAGGCCCAGAACGCCAGAGUCCUGUUCAACAUCCGAGUGGUGGGAGGAUCCGCCUUCUACAGCUACUUGUCCCCUCAAGACGCCCGACCACUGUGCCACCCCGCCGUGGAGAGAGCUCUGAAGAUGUGUGGAUCAGGUGGACCUCCUCACGUGAAGCUCAUCGUGGAGUGGGAGCAUCGCAUUAAAGACUGUUUGUUUGGGAACAUCCAGGAGGAGGUGGUGAAGGAGGCAGACAGCGUCAGGGCCCAGCAGAACCAGAACCACAGCUGCACCCUGGACCAGUGCUUCCAACUCUACACUAAAGAGGAGCAGCUGGCCCCAGACGACGCGUGGAAGUGCCCUCACUGUAAGCAGCUGCAGCAGGGCACGGUCCAGAUGAGCCUGUGGACCCUGCCGGACAUCCUCAUCCUCCACCUCAAGCGCUUCAGGCAGGUGGGCGAGCGGAGGAACAAGCUCACCACGCUGGUACACUUCCCCCUGAGCGGACUGGACAUGACCCCGCACGUCGUCCCCCAGCACCCGUCCAAGCACCCGCCCAAGCACGCGGCGGCCCACCUCCAGCACCCGGUGACGCCGGGCUGGAAGCAGGGUGCCCGGAGGAGCCCCGGAUCAGCCCCGCCGGAGUUCCUCUACGACCUGUACGCGGUUUGUAACCACCACGGAGGCAUGCACGGAGGACACUACACGGCCUUUUGUCGGAACUCGGUGGACGGUCAGUGGUACAGCUUCGACGACAGCAGCGUGGAGAGCGUUCCGGAGGGGGAGGUGUGCACGCGCGGGGCCUACCUCCUGUUCUACCAGCGCAGGGACUCCAUACCGGUGUGGUCAGCCAGCUCCUCUCUCAGCGGUUCCACCAGCUCGUCGGCGUCGGAUCAUUGGCUGGUGCGGCUGACAGGGGGCAGCAGUGAGCGGGACAGCGUGGGGUCCGGAGGGGCGCUGUCCGCGGGGCCCCCGGGGAGCACAGCGGCGCCGGAGUCUCCCGAGCUGCCCGUGUUCGGAGAUGAACCGUACAAGUCAGAAGACACCAAUGGCUUUGACACCAAACCUUUCGUCCGCGGAACAAACGGCCGAAGCGUAAGUAUGCGCUCCCCCACUAAGCCCAAGGAUCCACUGAGCAGGGUCCUCCCUCUCCGCUGGUCUUUGGCGUCCAAGGACCGCCUCAAGCCCCGCCCCCUGACCCCGCCUCCACCUCCGCAGCCCGGCGAGCUCGUAGAGUACCUCGAAUCCGGACGGAGACCGCGAUGCACCCAAGAGCCCAUCGUGUCGCUGGUGGCCACCCCUCCUCUACGAACCGCCCACGGGAGAAUGCUGCAGUCCGGGCUCAGUUCUCCAAACGGGAGCAUUGUUAGCGCCACCAUGGAGUCCCCACGGAUCCCGGAAAGACAGAGGAGAACUUUUACCGAGAACACGUUGAGAUCUUCCAAAAGGUUAGACCAAGGAAGGACUUUGGACUUCGCGCUUCCAAAACAAGUUCUGUUCGACAACGCUUUCAGCCAGAGCGCCCCAGCGAGCCGCGAUUCGACUCUCCGACGGAACCGGAUCCAAAACGGCGCCUCUUCCAAGAUGCAAAAAGACCUGCUGCACAUGGUUCUCGAUCCUGAGGACAAGAGCGGCUUCAGCGUGCACGACAGAAACAGCCACGAGAACCUUUUGUCGUUUCUCAAACCCGGUUAUAGAAAGAAAGACGUUCCCGGGUCUCCAUUUCACAGCCGACUAAACGGUAAACCAGCUUCUACGGAUUUGUCCAAGCUGUCUUACUCCAACGGGAUGAUCUACACGGACGAUCGGAAGUCCAACGGCGUUCCGAACGGGAGGUUGGCCAACGGGAGGACGGCGCCGGACAGCGAACUGGCGCACGCCCACAGCUCCUCGAACCUGCUCUCGGGGUACGGGAGGUGCGCGUCGCUGCAGAGGAACGGAGGGACCAUAGGGGGCGCUCCGGCUCAACGCUCCACGCUCACGGACAAGCCCGGAUACAGCACGCUCCAGUGGGCCAGAUACGGCAGCACGCCCUUGGUGCCCACGUGAGCCAUGGGAGAAGCCCGGGGGCGGGAAAAGUGGCUGGACCCAAGUGAAGAGCUCCCCCUACAGGCCCACUGCGGAACGUCCCACCCACGUGUCUUAUGUUUUAUCUAUGCAGGCCUCCGUACACGACGACAGACUCUGCCGUUUUACCGUCUCCCGUGGGCGGCUUACGGACUGUUGACGCGGUGAUGUUUCUGCAAAUGGUGGAAAUUGGAAGAUAACAGUUUGUGUUUUAUGCCUAGAAGUAUUUAUUUAUUAAUAUGCAAGAAGAAUACAAUAAGGUUAUAUUUAGAUUGAACACAGACAUGGGUCUAAAUCACUUACAUUAGUUUGUUUUGCAGUACGAGCAGUGUUGGGGAGUAACAGAUUACAUGUACUGGAGUUAUGUAAUCAGAGUACAAAUAAUGAGUAACUGUAUUCAGUUACAGUUACUGUUUCAAUGAGUGG